CAUUAUAGCCGCGCCUUUCCUUUUGUUCCAAUAGAGGACACUCUUGUGGAGUUUAUUGAGAAUUUCUAGGUUUUUGUGUCGAUUAAAUUCGUAAAAAACACAGCGAUGUCUGCUGAAGAGGAGGGGCGUAAAGUGUACAUGGGAGGUCUGCCAUUUGAAGUUGGUGAUAAUGAGCUACAGGACUUCCUGAUGGACAAAAAUUUCCUAGACAUUGAAAAAGCUGAAGUUAUUGUAGAAAGGGAUUCAGGCAGAUCAAGAGGUUUCGGUUUUGUCACAUUCGACUCCAAAGAUUCCGCGACGAGGUGUGUUUCGGAACUGAACGAAACACCAAUGGGAAAAAGAUUGUUGAGAGUUGACUUGGCCGGCAAAGGUGGUGGUGGCGGUCGAGAUCGUGGACGUGGCCGUGGUCGUGGAGGCGGUGGAUACAGAGGAGGCAGAGAUGGUGGUGGAGGAGGUGGUGGAUAUAGAAGCCAUCCCUAUGGUGGAGGUGAUCGCAGAGGAGGUGGCGGAGGACGAUUUGGCGACCGAGAUUCCUACAGCAGCGGCGGCGGAGGAGGUUAUGGCGGCAGGUCACGCGACAAUGGCUACAGUGGUGGCGGUGGUGGAUAUGGUGGAGGCGGUGGCAGCAGUUACAGUAGUGGCGGCGGUGGUGGUUAUUACUAGGAAACGUGAGCGAAGUUCUCUGAAGUGCACGACUGCAACCUUCACCACAUCACUAUCAAUUCUAGCUGACUUUCACUGACUUAUCAUUGAACAUUCAUCCACGUGACUGUCCAGCAACAUUCUAUCUUCGCAUCUUGGAGGCCAGGCAGUCCAAGCAGCUAAUUAUAGCUGCAUUCUCGGAAUGAUUAUGAUAUUACACCUUUUGUGCAAACAUAAGACAUCUUUUUGACUAGCUGUAGGGUCACUAUAUUUUCUUCAGCCAAUUCAAUGAUUUUGUAAUAUCCUGGUAAAGAAGUAGAUUCGACCUUGGAAAAAGGUGAUGACCGUCUCAAUUAUGUUCAUAAAUUCAUCCAUACUUCAUUGUUCAUUCACGAUCUGUUUUCUAUACCUCACCUCUGGUUCUUGGCAUCAUGUACAUUUUAGUUUUUAUUGCCAUUUUAUAUUUGAUUCCUUUUGAAAAUGAUACAAGAAAACUUCUGUCAGUGUUUAGCAACCCUGAUGCAUCAAGUUGGCCGUGAUUUGUUCUAAAUUUUCUAUGCCAGAGGUGAACAGAUUUUUUGACUUUAAUGCAAGAAAUCUGUUUAUUGAUUGUCCUUCUAUAGUUUGUACAAAGAGGUAACAAAACUCCUAAGAACACCUUCAAUUAUUGUGCAGAUUUGGUGACAAGUGAUAGAUUUGAUCAGUAGUUUGCUGGCUUCAAGAUUACCUGGUAGAAAUUAUGAAAAAACUGGCUCUGACCUGUUAAAAACCCAUGACAGAAUAUCUUUUACUGUAAUCUAUAACACCACUUGCACUAUAUUUAGCCAAAUGAAAGUAAUCAAAGGGUUUAAAUCUCUGCAACUGCGACUUUUUCUUGGAGUGAAGUGGUCAGAGUUACAUGUAGUUGAAAUUGGUUUGCUCAUAUUCAUAUUGUGCAAUUCAUGGUGAAAUUCAUAUCUAUCUUUGUGUCACUCAUUGUAUUUGAAUAAUAAUGUCUGUUUUAGGAGGUGAAAUAUUUCUCAAUAAAAGAUUUUAAAAACA